UCAUAUGAUUUGUUGUCUGUUUUUGUUUCAGGGUGCAAAAGAAGAAAGCAACCUGAUGUUAAGGAAUUUUUACAAAGGGGAUGAAUUGUUUUUGGAUAUGUUUGAGGAUGAGUACCAGAGUAUGAAAUCUCGUCCUUUGAAUGUGGAAUACCUGACGAUGGACUCAUCUUUACUGCUUCCUCCUACUGCAACACCAAUGACAGGUAUCGACUUCAUCAAAAGACUGCCUUCUGGAGAGCUCGAGAGGUCUAGAAGAGCAAUACGUGUAUUUAUUUUGCUACGGAAUCAUUCCUUAAAGUUGAGGAAACUACCGGAGACACAACUACCCUUGACUGAGAAACAGGAACUCAUAUUAACUGGGGCUAAACUUGAUCUCAAUAACAGUGAUCUCAUUGCAUGUUCUGUGUUACCUAAAGAUAGAGGUCAAAGACAACGACGUUUUCUUGUAAUGCACACGCAUCAAGUUAUAUUGGUUGAACCUGAUGUCAAGAGACUUGGAUGGGGUGUAGUCAAAUUUGUGGGACCACUACAAGAUGUUGAGGUACAAGGUGAUAAGGAUGACAGUCGAUCAUUACAUGUGACGAUACAUAAGCGCUUGAUAAGUAGCCAUGCUAAACCAUUUCCCCUACUGGCAGCUAGGUUUAUUUUUGAUGACCAUAUCAGAUGUAUGGCUGCCAAACAACGACUCCUCAAAGGUAAUUAUUCUUUAUUCAGUCUACCUUAUUAACUCUAUAAGAUUGCAUUAUUCUUAUCACUUAAAUGAUGAAGAUGGGGAUGGUGACUUUGACAAACCGAAUCUGAUAGGCACGAUAUUGUGCAUUAUUUUAUGGCUGUGUUCACACACACAUAUCUAAUGGUUAGCAAGAUCCAGAUAAUAACAUACGCACUCACUUUUGCGUUCAUAAAAGAAAAUCCCAGGUCCAGAUACUGACCUAUAGAAACUUGGAAAUGCGUACAUCUGAUUGGCUAAUGAUAUUAAUAAGGUCAACUUCCUAACUGAUAGCUCUCACUAACCGAUAGUGUGUCCACUUCCUAGGAACGGUUAGAGCUAACCGAUCUUAGCGUUCUCACAUA